CAUACAUACAUACAUACAAUUUCAUAACACCGAAAAAUAUUAUAAUUUUUGUUUGCGAUUUCUUUUGAAAAAUAAGUGUUUAAAAUUCAAAUCAUGAUAUUUUAGUCACACUCAUAAAAAUGUUACGACUUGAGCAGUAUAAACAUUUGGUAAGCAGACAGCUACCGUUUUCGGUGUUGCGAAAUGCUGUUGCAUUUGGCAAUAGAACAUCGUCAGCCACCGUCAUGCGGAGCUCCGAAUGUUUAUCAGCGCAUAAAAAAACCCGGACGAUCGGAGAUAGUUUUCACCAAGUUAUCACGCGGCAGCAGUUUCGAUUAUUCAACGAUGAAUACCGGGCAAUGCUUAGGUUGGUUUCCCGUUCAUGCGGGUUGCCACAGUCGGUACUUACCCGUGGAUUCCAUUCAUCCGUAAAGCGUUUACAGGACCAACGGAACACCAGCGGCGGAUCAGAUUCAGAGCGCGGCGGUAAGAAAGGCAAAAAAGAUGACGACGACAAGGAAAAAAUGAUGUCUGUCGUAACGAAAACGCUUAUCUGGAUGAUCACCAUCUACAUGCUGGUUGGGUUCCUGACCAUGGUUGUGCCCGGGAAAAAUCGUCCGGAAACCGCCACUCGAUAUGUCAGCUGGCACGAAUUCGUCCACCAUAUGCUAGCGGUGGGAGAGGUAAAAGAAGUGGUGGUCCAUCCCGACAUGGAAAUGGUCACCAUUAUCUUGCACGACGGAGCGAUCAUCAAGGGUCGCCGAUCCCAUUCGACCAUCUUUCACAUGGCCGUGGCUGAUGUGAACAAGUUCGAAGAAAAACUUAGGCGGGUGGAAAAACAGCUGGGCAUCAAGGACGGAGUGUCGGUGCAGUUUGAGCGAAGUGGCGACGUCAGCGGCAGAAUAUUGUUCACACUAGUGGCCACCGGUGUGAUCAUUGCAUUGCUGAGCCGGAUGCGCGGUAUCCGGGGUCCAAUCAGUAUGGAUUCGUUUACUCAAAUGGGACGAGCCAAGUUCACUCUGGUGGAUCCGGUAGAAGGUGGCCGCGGAGUUUGGUUUAAAGAUGUGGCAGGUUUACAGGAGGCCAAACAAGAGGUGAUGGAAUUUGUCGACUACUUGAAGGCUCCCGAACGGUAUCAGCGUCUGGGGGCGAAAGUUCCGAAAGGGGCACUGUUGCUAGGUCCUCCUGGAUGUGGUAAAACUUUGUUGGCGAAAGCCGUGGCGACAGAAGCUCAAGUUCCUUUUCUGAGUAUGAACGGAUCAGAAUUUAUCGAAAUGAUUGGUGGCUUGGGUGCUGCACGAGUUCGUGAUUUGUUCAAGGAAGCGAAAAAACGAUCACCAUGCAUUAUAUACAUUGAUGAAAUCGAUGCUAUUGGAAGGCAACGGGAUGGCGGAGGAAGCUUUGGAGGUGUUAGCUCAGGGGAAUCGGAACAAACACUCAAUCAAUUGUUAGUCGAAAUGGACGGAAUGGCCUCUAAGGAAGGUGUUCUAAUGCUGGCCAGUACGAACCGUGCAGACAUUCUAGAUAAGGCAUUGCUACGUCCCGGUCGAUUUGAUCGACACAUAUUGAUAGAUCUGCCAAAUUUGACAGAGCGUAAAGAAAUUUUCGAGAAACAUCUUUCUGGUAUAGCUUUGGAAGCUAGCCCUGAUAAGUAUUCGUCUCGCUUAGCAACACUGACUCCAGGAUUUUCGGGAGCUGACAUUGCAAACGUAUGCAACGAGGCAGCUUUACAUGCUGCUAGAACUAGUCAGAAAACUGUUAAACCUUCAAAUCUAGAAUAUGCCGUAGAACGGUUAGUUGGUGGAACGGAAAAAAGAUCACACGCAUUAUCGCACGCGGAACGACGAGUUAUUGCGUAUCAUGAAUCGGGCCAUGCCCUUGUUGGUUGGCUCUUGAAAAACUCCGAUGUUCUCCUGAAGGUAACAAUAGUUCCGAGAACUAGCAUGGCCCUAGGGUUCGCACAAUACACACCGAAAGAACAGAAACUGUACAGCAAGGAACAGUUGUUCGAUAAAAUGUGCAUGGCACUUGGUGGUCGAGCAGCGGAAAAUAUCACCUUCAGUAAGAUAACGACGGGUGCCCAAAACGACUUGGAGAAAGUCACCAAAAUGGCAUAUGCACAGAUCAAAUACUUCGGAAUGAAUAAAGCCGUUGGUCCGUUGUCAUUCUCGGAAGAAGCAGAUAAUGAUCCUUACGCUCAGAAGCCUUACUCGCAAAAUCUAGCAAACCUCAUUGAUACCGAGGCCAGAAGAAUCAUUACCGAAGCAUAUGAGCAAACCGAAAAGAUUCUGAAGGAAAACGCAGAAAAGUUACGUACAUUGGCAGAAGCCCUUCUGGAAAAGGAAACCCUGAACUACGACCAGGUAGUGGAAUUGAUAGGUCCACCCCGGUACGAAGAUGCUAAACGAAAAAUAGAACCGGUGGAAUUUGAAGAUAGCCUGAAGAAACUGAGUGCACUGGGCGAAGAGGCCAAGUAGCUCUUAUUUUAAUUCCUAUAGAAAUCAAUCUAAAAUUUGGAAAACCGUU